ACCCGAUCCACCCUCACGAACACCAAAAGAUCCUUAUCUAGCUAGCGAAGACCCGCCCAUCACGGCUUCGAUGAACCCGUACAACCCGGCCAACAACCCGCAAGCCGGGGGCACGGCCUACGUCGCGCACCUGAAUGACGAUAAUACCGUCUCGAGACAAAGACGACGAGUGAGGGGAGAAGAGGAGGAGGAAGGGUUAUUGGUCGAUCGCGAGUAUAACGAUGACGACAACAAGUCCCGCUCGAAACCGCUCUCCCCCACAUCACCCUACCCAAACUCUACGACCGGUCCGACAGGAAAGACCUUACUAGAAAGCAUCAAGAGGGAAAAACGGGCGAGCCUCUUGACAGGCUUCGUACUGUUUUGUUUCGCCGCAGCAGUGAGGUUCUGGGGGAUCGGGUAUCCUGAUCAGGUCGUCUUCGACGAAGUCCACUUCGGAGCCUUUGCAGCUCAAUACAUCCGCCGGGAAUACUACUUUGAUGUCCACCCGCCCUUGGCCAAGUUGUUGAAUGCGUUGGCGGGGUGGAUGAGCGGUUUCGAUGGGGAUUUUGGCUUUGACGCCAUCGGGGACAAGUAUGCGGACAACAACGUCCCAUAUGUCUUUAUGCGAGGAUUCGUAGCCAUGAUGGGCGCCUUGACCGUGCCCAUCAUUUUUGGGAUCAUGCGAGAAUCAGGUUACCCAGUGAUAGUCGCGGCCUUUAGCGCUUGUCUGGUACUCUUCGACAACGCUCAUAUCACCCAAUCGAGAUUGAUCCUGCUCGAUGCGGCGUUGAUCUUGUUCAUGAGCCUGUCAUUGUUAUCAUACAUCAAGUUCCAUCAGUAUCGGUACCGCGAAUUCACCCCGGAAUGGUGGGCUUAUUUGAUGGCAACCGGGUUCUUCCUCGCCUGCACGCUCGGGUGCAAGAUGGUCGGGCUUUUCACCUUUGCAACGAUCGGGGGAGCGGUGAUCUGGGAUCUGUGGGGGAUCUUGGAUAUCAAAAAGGGGCACAGCAUGGCAUACUUCACACGACACUUUUUGGCCCGGGCUUGGGGUCUAAUUGUAUUCCCCUUCAUGGUCUACCUGUUCAUCUUCUGGAUCCACUUCAAGAUCCUGAUCUACUCUGGUCCGGGAGACACCUUCAUGUCUCCGGCUUUCCAGGAGACUUUGCGGGGGAACGAGUUGUUGCUUAACAGCCAAGAGUUGCGGUACUACGAUACGGUCACCUUCAAGCACAAGGAUACCAAGACUUUCUUGCACUCGCACCUGGACCGAUAUCCUCUGCAGUAUGAUGACGGGAGGAUCAGUUCGCAAGGUCAGCAGGUCACCGGUUACCCUCACAACGAUACCAACAACAACUGGCAGAUCGUUCCGACCAGGGAGAUCCCCGACAGCGGACGAGGCCGUAUCGUCCGGCAUAACGAUGUCGUCCAGCUUCUCCACGUCAACACGCAGUCCAACCUUUUAACGCACGAUGUCGCUUCUCCGCUCAUGCCGACCAACCAAGAAUUUACCACCUGGCCCGUCAACGAUACCAUCCGACACAACGAUACCCUGUUCCAGAUUCAGAUGAACGAUGCACAUGAAGGAGAGCCGUUCCGAAGCAAGUCCGGACACUUUAGGCUCAUUCACAUGCCGACCAAGGUGGCGCUCUGGACUCACGUCAGCAAGCUGCCCGAUUGGGCCUACGGGCAACAAGAGAUCAAUGGAAACAAGGCCCAGUUGGACAAAUCGAACAUCUGGUUCGUGGACGACAUCAUCUCGGAUGGUUCCGGUCACGACUUCAGGAACCGUACCGUUCACGUCGAAAACAAGCCCGCCAAGAAGCGAAACUUUUUCCUCAAAUUCGCCGAACUACAGAUCCUCAUGCUCCAACAUAAUGCCGGAUUGACCGCCUCGCAUCCUUACGAAAGCUCACCGUUUAGCUGGCCGUUCUUGAUGAGCGGAAUCAGCUUCUGGACGGAGAACGACCAGAAGAAGCAGGUCUACCUGAUCGGGAAUGUGGCUUCAUGGUGGAUUUGCGUGAUGGCCAUGUCCGUCUUUGUCGGUGUCAUCGGAGCCGACACUUUGGCAAGACGACGUGGAAUUGAACCUAUCGAGAACCGUAUCCGCAACCGUAUGAUCCGUAAUACCGGAUUCUUUAUCGGAGCUUGGGCUUGUCACUACUUGCCAUUCUACCUGAUGUCGAGGCAGCUCUUCUUGCACCACUACCUUCCCGCUCAUUUGGCAUCCGCACUCGUCGCCGGCAGUGUCCUCAACUUUGUGAUUACCGAGGAAGUCAACUACCCAGUCAGCAAGGCCGGACUCAGGACCAGGCUACGACCCAUCGUCCGGGCUACACCGAGCAGGGCGGGCACGGCAGUUACCGCCGGAUUGAUCGUCCUCACGAUCGCCACCUAUUGGUUCCUGAGUCCAUUCACUUAUGGAACGCCUUCUCUCACGGGAGAUCAAGUCAAUGCAAGGAAACUGUUGAGCAGCUGGUCCCUGCACUUCGAAGGGGUAAGUCGUCAGAUUCCGUCUCGUAGCCAUAGUUUGGUGCUUAGCUGACGCUCUUGUUCUUGUUGAACCCUCAGAAAAAGACGCACGAGAUUGAGU